AUGGAAAAGACCGCGAACAAUAACCCGAACAACCCCAGUGUGCAGAAUACGUUCUACCAGGCUCUUCUCCGUGCAAACAUGCCGGCCAUCGUGGUCGAGCGGUAUCGCAGCGGUCAUUUUGCGAGCAACUCCGCGUCCGAGGCGGUCUUCUUGAAGGCUCUCCAGCGUGUCGGGGGCGCGGACUCGGUGGCUGCGGCGCAGAUCCAGGAUCAAAACCAGAACCUCAGCUCGGAGCAGCUCCAGGCCAUCGGCCAGGCUGUCGCGGCUCGCAACUACGGCAACUCCAUCGGCAUGGCGACGCGGCAGACUGGCACCGGGGCCAAGGAAGCACCGCUUGCAGUAUUCCGUUGGAUCAAAUUCCUGCUCUACUUUGGCUUUUUCGCGUACAUGUCUCUCGUCCUGGUCACCAUUCUUGUCGAAACCACCGGGGUGUUGAAGAACAUCCGGGGCCCGCAAAGCAACGAAGCCCAACCGGAACAGCAGAAGGUCCGGUUUAGCGACGUUCAUGGAUGCGAUGAAGCCAAGGAUGAACUUCAGGAGCUGGUCGAGUUCUUGCUCAACCCGGAACGGUUCUCUUCUCUCGGCGGCAAACUGCCCAAGGGUGUCUUGCUUGUGGGACCCCCCGGUACUGGCAAGACUCUGCUUGCCCGUGCCGUUGCCGGUGAGGCCGGGGUACCGUUCUUCUACAUGUCUGGCUCGGAGUUUGAUGAGGUGUACGUGGGUGUGGGUGCCAAGCGCGUGCGCGACCUAUUCGCGCAGGCACGAGCCAAGUCCCCCGCGAUCAUCUUCAUUGACGAGCUCGACGCUAUUGGUGCGAAACGCAACGAGCGCGACGCGGCGUAUGUGAAGCAGACGCUGAAUCAGCUGCUCACCGAGCUCGAUGGAUUCUCACAGACCAGCGGGGUGAUCAUCAUCGCCGCGACCAACUACCCACAGCUACUGGACAAGGCCCUGACCCGACCGGGACGGUUUGACCGCAAGGUUGUCGUGGGCCUGCCGGACGUGCGAGGCCGCAUCGACAUUCUCAACCACCACACCAAGGAUAUCCAGAUCAGCGCCGACGUCGACCUGCAGGUGGUGGCGCGGGGCACGCCGGGCUUCUCCGGCGCCGAUCUGGAGAACCUGGUCAACCAGGCGGCAAUCCACGCCAGCCGGAACCGGUCGACCAAGGUUGGACCCCUCGAUUUCGACUGGGCCAAGGAUAAGAUCAUGAUGGGCGCCGAGGCUCGCAGCCGGAUCAUCCAGGACCAAGACAAGCUCCUGACGGCAUACCACGAAGCCGGGCAUGCUCUUGUCGCCUACUUCUCGGCAUCUGCGACCCCGCUGUACAAGAUCACCAUUGUUCCCCGCGGCAUGGCUCUGGGGGUAACCCACUUUUUGCCCAAGAUGGACCUGGUUUCGCGGAACUACACCGAGUAUCUGGCAGAUAUUGACGUUGCGAUGGGCGGCAAGGCUGCCGAAGAGCUAAUUUUCGGGCCCGACAAAGUGACCAGUGGUAUUUCAGCGGACAUCCAAUCCGCUACGGAAACGGCAUUCACGCUGGUGACACAAUUCGGGUACUCGAAGAAACUGGGCAACGUGGACCUGUCGACCAAUUACAACCGGCUCUCCUCGGAGACGAAGCAGGAGAUCGAAGCCGAGGUGCGCCGACUGGUAGACGAGGCGACGGCGCGGGCAUCCAAGAUCCUGACGGAGAAGCGCACGGAGCUGGAGCUGCUGACGCGGGCGCUGCUCGAGUACGAGACGCUCACCAAGGAGGAGAUGGAGAAGGUCCUCCGUGGCGAGAAACUGGAGAAACUCGGCUCCCUGCCUGAGGCUGUCAUUUCCAGCUUAGCAGCCACUUGUCCUGUAACUCUCUCCCUACCUAGUAUGGAGUCUUGA